UCUUCAUCUUCAUCUUCUUCUUUUUUGCUCAGAGAACACAGCUCGCAGAGUCGCAGAUUCUAAUGGCUUUCCCGAUCCAUCAAGGAGUCUCCUUUUCUUCUUCCACUCCCCAGUGGGACUAUGAUGUCUUCUUGAGCUUUAGAGGUGAAGAUACCCGCAAUGGUUUUACUGGCCAUUUAUAUCAAGCUUUGUGUGACAACGGUAUCAAUACCUUCAUCGAUAAUGACCUCCAAAGAGGAGAAGAAAUUUCAGUGGAACUUGUUAAAGCUAUUAAAUCAUCAAUGAUUUCAAUUAUCAUAUUCUCUCAAAACUACGCAUUUUCAUCUUGGUGCUUGGAAGAACUUGUCGAGAUUCUUAACUGCAAGCAAAAUGGACAAUUGGUUCUUCCAGUUUUUUACAAAGUGGAUCCAUCUGAAGUACGCAAGCAAGAAGGUAAAUUCAAAUUAGCAAUGGCUAAACAUGAAAACAAAUUCAAGAAUAACACAGAGAAGGUGCAGAGGUGGAGGGCAGCUCUAAAUGAAGCGGCUAGUUUGUCUGGAUGGCAUUAUGAGGAUGGCGGCCCUGAAUACAAAUUCAUACAACAAAUUAUUGAAAAUAUAUCGAAUACCAAAUUAAAUGGCAGACAGUUAUUUGUUGCUAAAUACCCUGUUGGAGUAAAUUCUCGUGCCAAGGCCAUAGAAUUUCUUUUAGAUAUUAAGGUAAAUGAUGUUCGAAUGGUGGGGAUUCAUGGUCUUGGGGGGAUAGGUAAGACAACUAUUGCAAAAGUUGUUUAUAAUAGAAUUUUUGAUCAUUUUGAUGGAAGUUGCUUUCUAGAGAAUGUUAGAGAAAAUUCUGGAACAAGUGAUGGUAUAAUCCAACUACAAGAGAAACUUCUUUCUAAUAUCUUAAGGGGCAAACAUUUGAAGGUGGAGAGUGUAUCCCGUGGAAUCAAUAUGAUAAAGGAAAGGCUUCAUAGUAAAAGGGUUCUUGUAAUUCUCGAUGACGUGGAUAAAUCAAAACAAAUUGAAAAUUUGUUUGGAAAUUGUGAUUGGUUUGUUUCAGGAAGUAGAGUCCUUAUAACAACAAGAGAUGCACACUUGCUAGCUACUCUUGAAAAAGAAUGUGCAACUUACAAGGUGAAGGAAUUGGACAAACAUGAAGCUCUUGAACUCUUUAAUCAACAUGCCUUCAAAGGAAAUAAACUUGAGGAAGAUUAUUUUGAACUUGCAAACCAAGUCAUACAAUAUGCCGGGGGCCUACCAUUAGCCUUAACAAUAAUAGGUUCUGAUUUGUGUGGAAGAACAAAAUCUGAAUGGAAAGGUGCAAUACAUCAAUAUGGAAAAAUUCCUAAAGGAGAUAUUCAUGAAAUACUUAAAGUAAGUUAUGAUGGAUUGGAAGAAACUGAAAAAGAUAUUUUCCUCGAUAUUGCAUGUUUCUUCAAGGGAAGGAACAAUAAUUAUGUUGUAAAUAUAUUAGAUGCUUGCAAUUUAUAUCCAACAAUUGGUAUUCCAAACCUUGUUAAUAAAUGUCUCGUAACUAUUGGUCAUGAUGGCAUAUUGGGGAUGCAUGACUUGGUACAACAAAUGGGUAGGGAAAUUGUUCGGCAAGAAUCACCAAAAAUCCUCAAAAAACGUAGCAGGUUAUGGCAUUAUGAGGAUGCUCUUGAAGUACUAACUGGAAGUAAGGGGUCGGACAAAAUUGAAGGUCUAAUGUUGCAUUCGCCUAAUCCAAUAACAGUGCAACUACAUGCUAAAGCUUUCAAAAAGAUGAAAAAUCUAAAAUUUCUUAUAGUUCGUAAUGUACUCAUUUCUGAAGAACUUAAAUAUCUCCCCAAUGGGUUAAAGUUACUUGAAUGGCACCAAUAUCCUUUUUCCUUGCCAUCCAAUUAUUGUCAUCAACUUGUUGUACUCGAGAUGCCUCGUAGUUGCAUUAGAUUGGAGAAGCUAUUCAAGCAGGGGUCCUAUUACAAAAAUUUGAUAAAUAUCAAUUUGAGUGAGUGUGUCUCCAUUACAAAAUUACCUGACUUGUGUGCCCCAAACUUAGAGACAUUGGACAUUGCUGGUUGUGAAAAUCUAAUUGAAGUUCAUGAUGCCAUUGGAUCUCUUGAUAAGCUUAGAAGUUGGGAUCUCAUGGAUUGCAAAAAUCUUCAAACUCUUCCUAGCAGCCUUAAGUUGAAAUCUCUUCAAUAUUUUUGUCUAUUUCGCUGUGUAAGCCUUGAAAAGUUUCCCAAUAUUAACCCAGAAAUGAAAUGUAACAGUUUAUAUUUUAGUUAUAGUAAUAUUAGAGAAUGGCCUUUAUCACUGGGGCAUCUCAUUGGAGUGCUUACUGAGUUAAACCUAGAUAAUUGUCAAAACCUUGGUGAUUUCCUCGUUAGAUUUUCGGGAUAUGAGUUUACGAACUUGAGAGCAUUGCAAGUCUGGAAAUGUGAUGGAGAUAUAAUUGAAUCACAUAUUUUGAUGAAGCCCGAUUCCUUCCCCUUAUUGAUAGAUCUAAAUCUAGACGGCUCUAGUAUUGUUACAAUCCCAAGAAGCAUUAGUAGAUUUGCUACAUUACGACAACUUUCCAUGUGCUAUUGCAAUAAGCUUCGAGAAAUUCCAAGGCUUCCACAAUCUAUAAGACUUGUGAAUGCAACAGACUGCAUGUCGUUGGAUCUACCAUCAUCAUGCAGAUUAUUGAAUCAGUUUGGAGAAAUAUUCAUGGAUCCCUUGUUUUUUGAUGACUCUGAAUCAUAUGACGGUAGUUGUCAUCUUGUACUACCAAGAAUUGAGAUUCCGAAGGGGUUCAAAUGGAACCAUCAGAGCUUUGGAAAUUCUGUAUCAUUCGAGGUUGGUCGUGAAUUUCAAAAAUUAGUUCUCUGUUUUGCUUUUCGAUCAGUAAAGGCAGAAGCUACGGAAGCAACUUGUUUUGUUGUUUCCACCAAUGGUUUUUCUAAAAAAGAAACAACAUAUUUUAGCCCGUUAAAAGGAGGUUCUGAGCAUCUGUACUUACGUACUGUAUAUCUUUGGGAAUGGAAUGAUUCAAAUCCAUCUGAACAGAAUCAUGUUACGAUUACAGUUGAAAUCAAGUAUGGUGAAAUAAUCUCUUCUUCAUAUGACCCCAUAAUUACGUGGUUGGGAGCCCAUGUAGACUGUGUCUGUUGUCCUCAGAAUAUUGCUCACUUUACGCAUGGUUUUGGGUCUUCCUUGGUCCCUGAUGACAACGAUCGCCAUUCUUUUCCAUCUAAUGUGGGAUUUGAUGAUGGGUUUGAUGUGGGUUCCUCUUCUGACUUCAAUCAGUUUCCAACAUCAAAGAAGACAAGAACAUCUUGAUCAAAUUUCAAAGAAUUAUGCUUGCACCUGAAAGCAACCUUGAUGCCAAGGGAUGCAGCAAACACAUGGAAGUGGACACUGCAUUUAAAGCACCUGAUGUACUUAUCAGCGGAUUUCUUGGAAGUAUAGCACAUGAUCAUCUAUUGGAGGAGUGGAUCUCUCCCGCUUUUCAUGAUAUGCCUAUAUGUUGGCGUAAAACCUGUAAAACCUAUAGAGAAAUUGGUUAAUAAAAUUAUUGUUGAAUGCUUCAUAUGGUUCUAUGUAUUAUAUGAGGCAUGUAUGAAGAUGUAAAGAUAAAGGUUUAGCUCCAUUUGA